AUUUUAUGUUGGGCCUACACAAAAUUUGUUUUACAUGAGGAGAUGCCACGUCACUAAACAUACAAAAUCCCAUCAAAACGCAGGCGUUCCCCAAAAGCCUUGGUGAAGAGGUUUUAAGUGUUGUUUGUUGGCGAUUAAAAGCCUUGGAGAAGAGGUUUCUCUUUUUUCUCUCCUCCUCUGUAUAUAUAUCUUUUGCUCUUUCUUCGCACCAUGUCAUCAUAUCAAUCUUCCGCCAAUCGAUUGCUUUCUCUUCUUCCUCCGCCUGAGUGGUUCUUUCACUUUCGUCUUCUCCCAUUGAUGCUCGAUCGCGAGAGUCAUGCCUACAUUUUCUGCUGCCGCUUUGGAUAGAUCACUAAAUUCAGGGGCUUCCGUAUCUCGUGAAUUUCCAAGCACAUUGCAUUCAAAGCCAUCUACUUUGAACGAUGAAAGUAAGCAACCUAAAGAAAAGACAUUCACUCGUCCUCAGAUGUCACCUUCUCUAUACGCCACUCCUAAAGAAAUCCCUCGUCCCAAUUCGCCAUCUUCCUAUCCUCCAUCUCCCUAUAUCAUCAAUCACAAAGCACGUGGACCAGUUCUUUUCAAAAGGGACUCUGAGGUGGAUGGGCAUUCUCACCCGAAAGCCCUUGGUGAGGAAAAGAUUCGUGGUAAUGUAGAUGUGGACGCUACUACCUCUUUGAGGAAGUCCACAUCCCUAUCAUUUCCUAUCAGUGAGGCGAUAGCAGUGGAUCACACCCAAGGUAUCCCUGAACGUCCUGUUUGGGAUUGCAGCCCCCCUCAUGGGACAUUUUUGAACGACAAGUCGGGAAGAGAUAUCAGCAACGGUGGGAUUGGAAGCAAUAUUGCUGCCAAUACUUUAGAAUGGAAAAGUUAUUUAUUGGAGCCGGUAAGAAUAAAAGCAGACAAGGAGCUUGAGUCUGAAAAUUUCUAUAACCCAGGUGUAUCAGUAAGCUUCACUAGUAGCACAGAGGUAGAAGAUAUUGGAGGAGCUGAAAGCUCACACAAAUUUUCUUCACAUGUUGGAGACUUUUAUGAUGCUUGCGAUGAACUAUCCACCGACAGUGGAAUGCAGAGUUCAGUCAACAUCCUUGAAUCUGAGCUGAGGGAGAUAAGGUUGGGUUUACUAAUGGAAAUCGAGAGGAGAAGGCAGGCAGAGGAGACUCUAGAGCAAAUGCAUGUUCAUUGGCGGAGGCUCCGUGACCAGUUGGCCGAUGUGGGUAUGUUCCUUCCUCUUGAUCCCACCAGCAGCCAAUACAGCAUGAACCUAGCUGAUGAGAUACGUUGUCAACUUGAGGUCACCAGGUUUGUCUCUGACUCACUAGGCAGUGACUUGGCCAAGGCAGAGGUAGAGAUGGAGAUGGAAGCUGAGCUCGAAGCUAAGAACUUUGAAAUCACCCGGUUGUCUGACCGUCUUCAUUAUUAUGAAACCGUGAACCAGGAAAUGUCCCAGCGCAACCAAGAGGCUAUAGAGGUGGCAAGGCGAGACGGGCAAAAGAAAAAGAGGAGGCAGAGGUGGAUUUGGGGGUCAAUUGCUGCAACCAUCACGCUCGGGAGUGGAGUCUUGGCUUGGUCGUACCUUCCUCCUGGAAUUUUAUCAUCGGAUGAGGCUCAACCUCAGCCGUCUCCAAAAGAUUCAUAAUGAGGUUGAAUCAAAGCUUCAGGCCUUGUGAAUAAAAAAAUAGGAAAAUGGUUUGGUUUACCUUUUCUAGCGAAUGUAUAGAUCAUGAUGAGGACAUAGCUCAGCUUCACACGAUCAUGGUCAUACUCAUACCAAUUUGGUUAUGUUCGUGUCUUCUAUUGACUUGCAGUGUUAGCCACAGAAGUUCGGUGCCU